GACAGCAGUCCUGCCCUGUACUUUUACUACCAGCGCUGCCCUCAUUAACCUCAAUGUCAUUUGGAUGGUCAUUCCUCUCUCCAAUGCGAACCAGCCUGAGCAGGUCAUUCUGUAUCAAAGUGGACAGAUGUUUGAUGGUGCCCCCCGGUUCCAUGGUAGGGUAGGAUUUACAGGCACCAUGCCAGCCACCAAUGUCUCUAUCUUCAUUAACAGCACCCAGCUAUCAGAUACAGGCACCUACCAGUGUUUGGUUAACAACCUUCCAGAUAGAGGGGGCAGGAAUAUUGGGGUCACCGGUCUCACAGUUUUAGUUCCUCCUUCUGCCCCACACUGCCAAAUCCAAGGACCCCAGGAUAUCGGCAGCGAUGUCAUCCUGCUCUGUAGCUCAGAGGAAGGCACUCCUCGACCAACUUACCUUUGGGAGAAGCUAGACAGUAGCCUCCAACUACCCCCAACAGCCACUCAGGACCAGGUCCAGGGAACAGUCACCAUCCGGAACAUCAGCGCCCUGUCAUCAGGUUUGUACCAGUGCGUGGCUUCUAAUGCCAUUGGGACCAGCACCUGUCUUUUGGAUCUCCAGGUUAUUUCUCCCCAGCCCAGGAGCAUUGGAGUAAUAGCUGGAGCCAUUGGCACUGGUGCAGUUAUUAUCAUUUUUUGCAUUGCACUAAUUUUAGGGGCAUUCUUUUACUGGAGAAGCAAAAAUAAAGAGGAGGAGGAAGAAGAAAUUCCGAAUGAAAUAAGGGAGGAUGAUCUUCCACCUAAAUGUCCUUCUUCUGCCAAAGCAUUUCACACCGAGGUGUCCUCCUCAGAGAGCAACACAUUUACCUCUUCCAAUACCUAUAACAGCCGCUGCUGGAGCAACAAUCCCAAAGUGCCCAGAAACACAGAGUCGCUCGACCACUUCAGUGACUUGCGCCAGUCCUUCUCCCUCCACUCGGGCCACGCCAACAUACCAUCCAUCUAUGCCAACGGCAGCCAUCUGGCCCCAGCCCCACAGAAGACCCUGGUAGUGACAGCCAACAGAGGGUCGUCACCGCAGGCCGUGUCCAGGAGCAACGGCUCAGUCAGCAGGAAGCCCCGGGCUCAGUACACACACUCCUACACCAUCAGCCAAGCAAGCCUGGAGCGCAUUGGUGCUGUCCCUGUCAUGGUUCCAGCCCAGAGUCGGGCUGGCUCCCUGGUCUAG